AGCUACAUGAAUGGUGGUAAAUGGACUAGACGAAUACAUCAGCGUGAAAUGCAAGCAGUGCGUGAAGACAGUCCCUGUCUGCCCCAAACCCGGAACAUGUUAUGUCAUUGACGGAUCUUCAUUUGUGUCCAAAGUUGUUCGGCAGACUAGCUGGAUAUUCGGAGGACAGUGGAAAGAGAUAAAGGACAUUGUCGAGAAGUUUGUUAUCAGCUUGUUGGGCGAGGGGUGUGAUGUAGUGUUUGUCAUGCCACACUGGGAAGACGCGCUCACUCCCACUGAUCUUAAAAACAUUAAAACUGGUCUCGACUUUGUGUCUAUCAAUCAGAGGCUGCCUACUGCUAUAGACUUUUAUCAGAACCCUCCGUGUGCCUAUUUUGUUGUUGCUCAGAUUCUGAAAGCAUGUCGUGUCGAGGUGAUAUGUUCGGUCAGUGAUUUCGAGUUUGAAGUAGCAGCGUGGGCUAAAGUUAAGAACUGUACAGGAAUUAUCUCCGAUAAUAACGAGUUCAUAGCUCUGAAGGGCGUACCUCUCUUUAAACUCAACACAUUGGACACUGAGAAACACACCAUAGAUUAUAUCGACAGAUUCUUACUGACAAAGAAUCUUGGGUUGAGAGAACACCACCUGCCCCUAUUAUCAUGUCUCCUCGGUAAUUCUCUCAUUCCUCGGGAGAUGCUACACGCAUUCCACAGGAAACUUCAGUCAGGAAUGCAGCUCUCGGGACUCAAUCUAGUCCUUGACAUCAUGCCAAGAAUCUGCAUGUAUGUUCGCCCCCAAACUACACAAUAUAACAUGUUAGCCCGCACUGCUCUGGCGGACGAAUCCAAAACAGACUUUCUCCAAGCCAUUAUCAGUAGGUAUAAUUUGUCUUGCGUCGAUGAAGCUUGGAAACCAAAUCAGCCAUCAGAUGAUAGUCGAGUUACUUAUAACAUCAGCCAGAUAUAUGAAGAUGCAGUAACAAAACAGAUCAGUUGUGACUCCAUACCAUUUGUGUGCGGUAUUCUGACCAGUUAUCUGUAUGAACAAGGGGUUACCCUCGAACAUGAGCCCCUCACUUCCUCCUUCAACUUGUACCGACCCCUCCGUAAAGCAUGCUAUAGCAUCUUGCUCGGUAAUGCUGCCUCUGUCUCAGAGAAAUGUACCGCCAGUAACCUAGCUGUAGAAGCUGUCACGUGUGAAGAGUUCACAAUCAAAGAAAAGACAGUGAAGUUGGAGCGUUUACAGAGUAAUAAGAGGGAGUCUCUGAGAUGGGCCACGUUUGUGAAGUGUGCGCAGGUGACAUUUAACACAACCCUGGCACAGCAGCUGCCUCCCCAUUACCUGGGUCUGUGUUGUAUCCUCAACUACUGGUGGCAUAGUCCUCUUAUCCAGCUUGCGCAGUGGGAGCUUAACGCAGUUCUGGCACAGGCUGUUUCUCAGUACGCGGCUGAUGUGACGUCACUAAAACGAGUACUGGUAUCAGUUGUUAACACACGUGCUAUCAACAUAGCUCUCCAGCUAGCACGUGGGGCUGAGGCCCUGCUUCAGAUUGCCUCUGUUACUUACCUACCUACAGAACCAUUCUUACUGCACAACUAUUUUGAUGGGAAGCUCUUCAGUUUCUAUUACUACCUUUCGGAUAAGGGGGCUACCAUUGAAAAGCUCUGUGACGAGAUGCCGGACAGAGUUGAGAUGUUUAGGUUUCUGAUGAUGGUGGUACAGUCGAAGAACUUGUCUAUUGAUGAAGAAGAGGAAGAGGAGGAGUCAGAUGACGAGGGAGAGAAGGAGGGUGAGAGUGUCUCGAUUGUUCCAGAGUAUGAGACUAUCUCAGACGAUGAGGUAGAAAUAGAACCUGUCACAGAUGAUGACGAUCUCUUUAACGAUGCUGUUACUGGUGGUUCUAAGGACAUUACUGGUUUGAGUAAGUCUGGUGAGGAUAAGACUGAGAAUACAUCUGAAGCUCAGCAAGAGACGUCUGAUAAUAGCACAGCAGAAACAAAGAACAGCUCCGAAAUAAGAGUUAGGCUAGAUCGAAAGGAUUCAACGAAUGGUGCUGUGGCUGAGAUGAUGAACCUACAAAUGACCAGCCCUGUUACCAGAACGCGAUUCCCAAGUUACCCUUCUGUUGCGGAGGAAGACGAAUCAACAGAAGAGCAAAAAGUACCGGAAGCUGAGCCAGUAAAACCUCCAAACAAUUCUCAGUCAGUAUCCAAACAGUUGUUUCCCGUCAAUGGUAACGUACCUCCUAAGUUCCCAUUGCAACCUGGAAGAAGGCCAGCAUUUCGCCCAAAUAACGUUCACGAAGCUUGUGUUCAGCCUGAACCCGCCCCACCGGGCCUUGAAGAUUACCCUCCCGACCCUCUGCUCAACAUGAUGGAGACAGUUGAUCUUCCAGCCAAAGCUCCGGAGCAAGAAUUCAAGCCCCGUAUCCCCCUUCCCCCUCUCCCUGAUCCAAUGCCUCUGUACUCAGACCCUUUGUAUGGUAAAGCUGAAAAUGGGUUUCCCUCCUCAUAUCCGAUGAGGUACAAGAGGCACUCUGACAAGGAGAACUAUGGUAGCAACCAGAGUGGAACCCUAUAUUCUGUGGUGGGACCUGAUGGGGUCGUCUCAUCGACCACACAAAACCCUGUGAAGAGACACAGAAGCGAGGAAUCGUAGAUGUUAUUGGUCGAUAUUUGACUAUUAUAAUAGACAAUAGUGUGUCAAGUGAGGAAUCAAGAUAGGACAAAUUAUGCUACUAUGCAAGUUAUUACGUGACCUUCAAUUAUGCCAACUUGAGGCUUGAGUCAUUAAUGUUAUUUAAGUAUGCUAGAUCAUAUGACUGUUUAGCUGCCUAUAUGUCAAGAUGAAAUGUUUUUACUCUAUAAUCAGAUAAUACAAUUGUUAUUUAUUACUUUAGCGCUUUUCAAGUACUUUGUCAGGAGGACGUGAAUUAUUAAUUAGUGUAUCUGCUUAAAUCCUGAUGUCUUUGCAUCUACAGUAACUGUUUUCUCAAAGUAAUAAUUUAUUGUUAGUGUUACAAAUAAGUAGAACUCUGCAUUGCUACUUGCUAUAUCUUAGUAAUUAGAGUUGUUUAAUUGUUUGUGUGCAAUUGUUUAUGUUGUUCGGCCCGGGCUGAUUGUCACGAGGAUGUAUGAUCGUGUUUUUGUCAAAUUUUUAAAUGUUAUAUUACAUCAAGAUAAUUCAUCCUGCAAACAUUUCUAAUGAAUGAACACAAAUCAUGAAUCAGAGACAUUUAUUUUUAGACAAAAAUGUUCACAAACUUCGAUUUAUCUCAGUUUUUUGGAUUAGAAAACUGUGACCC